AUGGCACCCAAUGGAAGAUUACCCGAACGCAGUCGUUUCGACGACGACCAAAUCGCGUACAAUGGAAACGAAGAAUUUGAGCAACCGCCAGAGCAGGAAUUUGAAGAAUUUGAGCAGCAGCGGGAGCAACAAUCGAACCAUAACUUAGAUAAUGAAGGCAAUGAGUUUAGGGAUUCGUUCAGUCAUCGUGAUUCAGCUGCGGGAAAACUAUUUGUAGGAGGCGUUUCUUGGGAGACUACUGAAGAGAACUUUUCUAAUUACUUCAGCAAGUAUGGAGAAAUAGUUGAUUCUGUUAUAAUGAUCGACAAACAUACUGGGAAGCCAAGGGGAUUUGGUUUUGUGACAUUUUCUGAUCCAAUGGUUAUUGAUUCAGUAUUGGAAGUAGAACAUGUCAUAGAUGGCAGAGUGGUAGAGGUGAAGAGGACAGUCCCCAGGGAGGAUAUAGGGUUUAAGGGGGCAUCGAAAAGAAAGAAGAUUUUUGUUGGUGGAAUACCAACGUCUUUGACUGAUGAUGAGUUGGGGGAAUAUUUCUCUGCAUAUGGCACCAUUGUUGAGCACCAGAUUAUGCUAGAUCAUAAAACCGGGAGGUCUAGAGGAUUUGGGUUUGUCACUUUUGAGAAUGAAGAUGCUCUUGACAAGAUAUUUUCUGAUGGAAAAGUACAUGAACUUGGAGGCAAACAGGUAGAGAUUAAGAAGGCUGAACCUAAAAGGGGUGGUGGCGAUUUCAGUGGCAGCUCUGCCAGGUCAUAUGGUAGCUUAAGUGGUGCUGCAGCUGGUUAUGGUGCAUAUAAUUCUGGAAGUCGGCACAACGGAAAAAUGGGCAGGGGAUAUGGUGGGGGUGGGUAUGGCCCUUAUGGUGCCUACAACAAUUACGGUGGAAAUUAUGCUGGAGGCUAUGCAGGUUUCUAUGGGGGCUAUGGUGGAAAUUAUGGUGGAUAUGGAUAUGGAUUUGGGUACGGUGGGCCCAUGUAUGGCAAUGCUGGAUAUCCAGCCAGUGGUUAUGGCAUGCCUGCUGGUUAUGGUGGCAAUACUGCCUAUGCAGGUAGUAAAGGGUAUGGAAGUGGUGCUGCUGGUCGUGGUGGCCGUGGUGGUAGUAGGGGCGGUGGCAGUUAUGGUUCUAGUGGAGGAUAUGAUAGGAGUGAUGGAAAUGAUAGGAGUGGUGGUUCUUCAACUGGAAGAUAUCAUCCAUAUCAAAAGUGAGGAAUUUUAACGAACUUCACACUUUUGUAAUCCGCGUCCACCGACUAUUGGAACCUCAACACAAUUGGCUGUAACUGUGAAAAAGUCACGUAUUUCAGUAUUUGUUAAAACUGUCGUACCUACGAGAAUGAUUCAUUUGGAAGAGGAAGCAAAUGACAACUUAGGCAGCAUUAACGGGUCUCCGGUAGGAGGUUUUAUAAAUGGUUGCACACUCUGUAAAGAAAAUUAGUGUGCAGAUGAAGUUUUUGCGAGUCAAAUAGAAAUGCUAGAGUUUAUUUACGUCUGACUGUUUAAUUCCAGGGUUGAUUUUGAUUGAAAUGUCUUACCAGUUUGUAGUUUUAAAGGAUCUUUGUACAAUAGAAAUAUAUGGUGUUGGUCUGUGUUA